GUUUAUUAAGUGUGAUAAAGUAGAUAAUACAUAUUAUUUGCUAUAAAGUGCAACGCAAAUAUUUUAGUAACAUACUCAACUUGUAAAACGUUAAGAACUGUUUCAUUCAAAACAAAAUAAUGAAGAGGAUAAGUGUAUUUUUAUUAAUACUUUCAAGUUUUUGGAUUAACAGCACACUAGCAUACGAUUCCGGAAAUGACUCUAAUCAGGAUGAUCAACCAACUCCUAAAGUAACAGAUUCACCAGCUGAUCCAACUAAUCCACCGGCGCCGACAGAUUCACCAGCUGAUCCAACUAAUCCACCAUCUGGUUCAUCAACAGAUUCACCAGCUGAUCCAACUAAUCCACCGGCGCCGACAGAUUCACCAGCUGAUCCAACUAAUCCACCGUCGCCGACAGAUUCACCAGCUGAUCCAACUAAUCCACCGGCGCCGACAGAUUCACCAGCUGAUCCAACUAAUCCACCGGCGCCGACAGAUUCACCAGCUGAUCCAACUAAUCCACCGGCGCCGACAGAUUCACCAGCUGAUCCAACUAAUCCACCGUCGCCGACAGAUUCACCAGUUGAUCCAACUAAUCCACCGGCGCCGACAGAUUCACCAGCUGAUCCAACUAAUCCACCGGCGCCGACAGAUUCACCAGCUGAUCCAACUAAUCCACCGUCGCCGACAGAUUCACCAGUUGAUCCAACUAAUCCACCGGCGCCGACAGAUUCACCAGCUGAUCCAACUAAUCCACCGUCGCCGACAGAUUCACCAGUUGAUCCAACUAAUCCACCGGCGCCGACAGAUUCACCAGCUGAUCCAACUAAUCCACCGUCGCCGACAGAUUCACCAGUUGAUCCAACUAAUCCACCGGCGCCGACAGAUUCACCAGCUGAUCCAACUAAUCCACCGGCGCCGACAGAUUCACCAGCUGAUACAACUAAUCCACCGGCGCCGACAGACUCACCAGCAGAUCCAACUAAUCCACCGGCGCCGACAGAUUCACCAGCUGAUCCAACUAAUCCACCGGCGCCGACAGAUUCACCAGCUGAUCCAACUAAUCCACCGUCGCCGACAGAUUCACCAGCUGAUCCAACUAAUCCACCGGCGCCGACAGAUUCACCAGCUGAUCCAACUAAUCCACCGGCGCCGACAGAUUCACCAGCUGAUCCAACUAAUCCACCGUCGCCGACAGAUUCACCAGUUGAUCCAACUAAUCCACCGGCGCCGACAGAUUCACCAGCUGAUCCAACUAAUCCACCGUCGCCGACAGAUUCACCAGUUGAUCCAACUAAUCCACCGGCGCCGACAGAUUCACCAGCUGAUCCAACUAAUCCACCGUCGCCGACAGAUUCACCAGUUGAUCCAACUAAUCCACCGGCGCCGACAGAUUCACCAGCUGAUCCAACUAAUCCACCGGCGCCGACAGAUUCACCAGCUGAUCCAACUAAUCCACCGUCGCCGACAGAUUCACCAGUUGAUCCAACUAAUCCACCGGCACCGACAGAUUCACCAGCUGAUCCAACUAAUCCACCGUCGCCGACAGAUUCACCAGUUGAUCCAACUAAUCCACCGUCGCCGACAGAUUCACCAGUUGAUCCAACUAAUCCACCGUCGCCGACAGAUUCACCAGCUGAUCCAACUAAUCCACCGGCGCCGACAGAUUCACCAGCUGAUCCAACUAAUCCACCAUCUGGUUCAUCAACAGAUUCUCCACCUGACCCAACUAAUCCACCAUCUGGUUCAUCCACAGAUUCUCCACCUGAUCCAACUAAUCCACCAUCUGGUUCAUCCACAGAUUCUCCACCUGAUCCAACUAAUCCACCAUCUGGUUCAUCAACAGAUUCUCCACCUGAUCCAACUAAUCCACCAUCUGGUUCAUCCACAGAUUCUCCACCUGAUCCAACUAAUCCACCAUCUGGUUCAUCAACAGAUUCUCCACCUGAUCCAACUAAUCCACCAUCUGGUUCAUCCACAGAUUCUCCACCUGAUCCAACUAAUCCACCAUCUGGUUCAUCAACAGAUUCUCCACCUGAUCCAACUAAUCCACCAUCUGGUUCAUCCACAGAUUCUCCACCUGAUCCAACUAAUCCACCAUCUGGUUCAUCAACAGAUUCUCCACCUGAUCCAACUAAUCCACCAUCUGGUUCAUCAACAGAUUCUCCCGCUAAUACAACUAAUCCACCUUCUGGUUCAUCCACAGAUUCCCCGGCUGAUCAAACUACUCAACCAUCUGGUUCAUCAACAGGUUCUCCUGCUAAUCCAACUAAUCCACCAUCUGGUUCAUCCACAGAUUCCCCGGCUGAUCAAACUACUCAACCAUCUGGACCAUCAACAGAUUCAUCAAGUGAUUCAACUGGUUCAACACCUGAAUCAUCUACGAAAGGAUCAGCUGUGGGUUUAUUUGCAGGCACGAAGUAUUUGAUGGCUGCAUUUGUAAUUGUGAUUUUAAAUUACGUCUUAAUUUAGGUUAAUAAAAUUUAAACAUUUUUGUAUUUAUGCACGAUUGUAAAUGAUUAUGGAUGUAAAGUGCAUUCGAAUUAAACUUUAAUUUUUGUAAAAUUAAUUUUGUAAAUAAAAUUUUAUUUUUACAUAAAGAAAUUAAACUAAUAAAUAUAUGC